UUAGCUGAAAAGUGAAAUUUAUUGCUCCGAAAUUAACUAUUAUUUUCCAUGAAUGAAACCGUUUUUAAAACAACAUACCACGCUUUUUUUUAUAAUCCUUCAUCAUUCACCACCUAACACAAUAACACAAAUCAUAAUGCUAAAUGCAAUUUGCCUAAAAAGUUUAUAAACAUUUUAAAAAAUUCAUAAUAUGCUCAAAAAUUUCUAGCACUACUUGAAAUCUAUUGUGAAUAAAAUUUCAUAAAUUCAUAAUCUGUGACUGGUCUAACAAAAUUAAAUACACUUACAAACAGAUUAUUGUUAUAAGAGUACUUUGAAUUAAUGAAUUAACUGAACAGGUUAAAAUAUUUUUUGUUACCAAGCAUUUGAUGAAGUCACUUAAGUAAAUAAUAAGUUAAUAAUUAUUUAACUACUUACAUUCAAAAUAUUGAUUAGUGAAUUAACUGAACACAAUUACAAUAUUAUUUGUUAUGUUAUGUAAACAGUUUUUUAGUUGUUUGUUUGAUGAAUUAAUUGAUCAACUACAAUUGAUGAAUUAACGGAACACAGUUGAAUAAUAACUGAACACAUUUUACUAGCUAAACAGAUUGAUGAAUUAAUUGAUCACUUUAUAAUUGAAUUAAUUGAUUGAUAAACUCACUGACCGCAGUUGUUAGUAUACUUAAUAAUAAUUGAUGAAUUAAUUGAACACAUUUUAAUAUCUGGCCAAUUCAUGAAAUGACUGAGCACAUUUUAAUAUCUGAUCAAUUAAUGAAUUGAUAUAGUUAAAUAAUUGCUUGAUGAAUUAAUGGAAACACUUUAGUAUCUGAUCAAUUGAUGAAUUGACUGGACACAGUUGAAUAAUUGUUUGAUUGAAUUAACCGAAACACAUUUGAUCAGUAUGUUUAUGUUUUUAAGUUAGUAACAGUUGUAUGUAUGCGCUCGGCCUUAGUGCAUUGUUUACUUUAUUUUGCCGUUUCCCCCCUCUCCGCGCGCCCCCCCUCCUUACGCUUUUUGUUUUUUCUUUCAUUGUAUUGCCGCGCUGCUUGGCUUGAAGGCGGUAUGAAUGCACCGCCCCACCAUAACCAAUACCAGUACCAACCGCAAUACGCGGGCGGGCCGCCGGGGGGGUACGGGUGGCAACAACACCGUUUCGGUGCAGAGAGCACGCGGCGCGCGGCGGGGUCGGCGACGCAAGCCAGCAAAGAUGACAAGACGAGCCCGUUCGUGUCCAGUAUACACUCGCAUCCGGGAUUCCAGCCGCAGAAGAUCGGCAAGGGAGCUGGUGGGGGUGCGGGUCUGCCCAAGCCGCCGAAGCCUCCAGAGAAGCCGCUGAUGCCGUACAUGAGGUACUCGCGCCGCGUGUGGGACAGCGUGAAGGCCGCCAACCCGGACCUCAAGCUGUGGGAGAUCGGACGCAUCAUCGGCGGCAUGUGGAGAGACCUGCCGCAGACCGAGAAGUACGCAUUCGUUGAUGAAUACGAAGCUGAGAAGGCGCAGUACACAGAACUAUUGAAAACGUACCAAUCGUCGCCAGCGUAUCAGCAAUGGCUGGCGCACAAAAGCAGAGUGGGUAAUCUAGAAGAAGAGAGCUCGAGUAAGAAAGGCGCAUCACAGAAGGACCAACAGCAGCAAGACAGACGUAUUGACAUACAACCUGCUGAGGACGAAGAAGACCAGGACGAGGGCCUGUCGGUGAAACACGUGGCGUACGCGCGCUACCUGCGCAACCACCGGCUCAUCAACGAGAUCUUCUCCGACACCGUGGUGCCCGACGUGCGCUCCGUCGUCACCACUGCGCGGAUGCAGAUUUUGAAGAAACAAGUGCAGUCACUGACGAUGCACCAGAAGAAACUGGAAGACGAACUGCAGCAGAUAGAGGAGAAGUUCGAAGCGAAGAAACGCAAGUUCAUAGAGAGCAGUGAAGCGUUCCAGGAGGAACUGAAGAAGCACUGCAAGCCGGCGGUGGACGACGACACGUUCACCCGCAUGGUGGAGCGCGCGCUGGAGCAGCUGCGGCGCGGCGUCAACCCGGCUGCAGUACAGCAUCCGCAGACCAGGCCGCACGAGCCAAUGGAUCAAGAUCAGGCUAUAAAGUCUGAGGCUGGGCCCAACGCUCCGACCCAAGUGGACAAGGUGUCCACCACUGAGGUGAAGCCGGACAGCAACAUCACAACCGAGCUGAACAAGCCUGAUGAGCACAAGGAGCCUGUCCCGGAGCCUGCGCAUGAUAAUGAAGGUCCCUCUGAUCGCAAAGAAGAGAAGCCGCUAGAGAUGAAAGUGGAAAUGAAAGACGUCCAAAUGCCGCCCAUCGUCGGCCCGCCGCAACCGCAACCGCAAGCUCAACCGCAGCCGCAGCCGCAACCGCAACCGCAGAUAACGUCGCCGCCUCAUGCACCAAUGAUGAUGCCGCCGAACCCCAACGCGCCGCCGCACCCCGCACCCCCGCACGGGGGCCCGCCGCCGCCUCCAGGCGGCUACGGCGCGGCGCCGUACGGUCGCUACUACCCGGGGUACGCGGGCGGGUUCGCGGGCUACCAGCACUACUACCAGCCCGACCACUACCCGCCGCACCACGAGUUCAAGCCCGAGGAGCCGCCGGCCAAAAAGGAGUCCGAAUGAUUGUCACCGAAGCGCGUCGUGAAGCGGCGUCGGAAAUCUGCCUCCAAAGACGCGCAGUGAAGUGACGUGGAUGUUAUAGACUACUCUCUUAUUCAUUAAUUCGUUCAAUUGGACAAUAAUCCCCAGUGGCGUGCAUAAGGUUUUAACUAGGGUAGUUAUGAUACUUUAAUGUGAAAUGGACAACGAUGUUAUAUACUAGAACGCAUGAAAACUGAGGCGGAAAUAUGUGCACAAUUGUCUUAAUUUCAUUGAGAUAUUUAAACAAAUAAUACCUAAAUAUUGUCUACAAUUUCGAGUUGUAUUCAGGUAGCUUAAAAACUAUAUAUAGGUACUUAAAUAUAUAAUGUAAGUUAACACAACAUUGUGCAUGCUACAUUCGUGUAGGCAUCUAACAUGUCUAUAGUAUAAAAUAUCUUUGGAAAUGAAAAAUUUCUUCUACAAUACAGAUUCUUACAAAGUCCUCAGGUUAAGCAAGGCAUUUUUGUAUAUAUGAAGUGCAUGCCACUGCCUAUGUUAUAAUAUGGCUACUGAAAGUAGAUACUACAUUAUGAUUGAGAACAUUUAAACAUAUAUAAAAAAAAUUAUUAAAAGUAUCAAACUGCCAAUAUUUGCACUAUAAUUUUGGGAAUGGCCACACAUUAUAUUGUUAUUCCAAUAUUUGCACUAUAAUUUUGGGAAUGGCCAACAUUAUAUUGUUAUUACAAUAUUUCCACUAUAAUUUUGGGAAUGGCUACACAUUAUAUUGUUAUUCCAAUAUUUGCACUAUAAUUUUGGGAAUGGCCACACAUAAGCCAAAAUAUAGUACUGAAAUGAAAAACAUAACAACUAAAUUGUUAAGUAAUCAGGGAUAAAAAAAAAUAAGUACAUACAACAAAUUUAAGUUGUAAACAGUUGGGUUAAGGAAAACAAUAUGAAAGGUUUCUACGAAAACAUACAAAUGUAAAGCAAUGUCACCAAACAGUUGGCAAAACUGUUUUGUGUUAAGUUUCAUCCAAAUCUGUUCAGCCAUAUGUCCAUGAUUGAGUAAAACCAUAUAUAUUUAUAAUACUAGCUGACGCCGCGCGUGGUUCCCGUUCCCGUAGGGAUAAGGGGAUAAUAUAUAGCCUAUAACCUUCCUCUAUAAAUGGGCUAUCUAAAACUGCCACAAUUUUUAAAAUCGGACCAAUAGUUCUUGAGAUUAGCGCGUUCAAGCAAACAAACAAACUCUUUAGCUUUAUAAUAUUAGUAUAAAUUAGUAUGAUUAAGAUGAUGUAAUUAUAAUUAAGCUACUAUAUAUUUUACAUAGGUAUGUAUAUAUUGUAUGAAUUACAAUAUAUACAUACCUAUGUAAUACAUUAGGUAUGAAUAUUUUGAUAUGUCUGUAAAACUAAAAUGAUGAUGAAUAAAAAUGAAAAAAAAGACAUCAUUUGUUAAUUAAGUUUUAUUUACAAAACAACUAGAUUAUAAUUUAUAACUAAGUAUAUAUUAGUUUACUUAAUACAUAAUUGUUAUCUUACUUAGUACUUAUGGAAAUAAAAAAAAAUCUUGUAUAAAAUAUGGUUUAUCUGUUUCCUUCAAUUUGUAUGCGAUUGCUGUUCCUACCAAACUGGGCUAUGAUAGGUUGCCCACCCAGUAUGGUGCCGUUUACUUCAACCAAUGCUUGUAUGGCCAAAUCUUCACCUGAAACAAGUGAAAAAUAAGCAAUAAUGAAAUAUAACAGAUUGUGUAUUAGUGUUUUAGUCAUAUUUUGUUAUUUAUACUUAGAAACAGACAUUUCAAUUUUAUUAAUUUCUCUAUUAAUAUAAUACAUAAUAAUAAGCUUUAUUUUUCCCAUUUAGAUAGUACUUAUCAAUAUCUUAAAACUAUUCUAACUAAUCUAUGUAUUUAUCUAAAUAAUUAAUUAUGUUAUUGUAGUUAGUUGGUACUAGUUAAUAAUGGGCCCCUACUGGUAUAAGCCUCAAUUUAAUAAUUUAAUUUGAUUUCUUUAAUUUAAUUUCUCUAGAUGUUGACAAAUUAAAAUAUAUUUUUGUUUGAUUGUGUUGUCUACAUAAUGGUUUUGUUAAUGAUGAAAUAUAUCUACUAUAAUUUAAGUAUAGAUUAUAGUAGAUAUAUUUACUUUGAAAAGUGACAAUUGCUAAUGAUAAUGACGAUGAUACAUUUAAGUAUAGCAGGUAAUAGUAGAUAUAUUACUGUGAAAAGUGACAAAUGCCUGUCCGUGCAUCCGUCCAGCCAUCAGCCUCAGUUCCACAGGGCCUCCAUUCUCCAGGUGGAACUGGUUGAACAACAGAGAUAGCUGCUCCCGGGGCACUGAUGGAGAUAUGUUCUUAAGAUACAGGACCUGUAGAAGAAACAAUUAUAGAUUAUACUCCUCUCAGAAUAAGAGGGGUCAGGCCAAUAGUCCACCACACUGACCCAAUGCAGAUUGGCAGACUUCACACACACACACAGAGAAUUAAGAAAAUUUUCUGUUAUGUAGGUUUCCUCACGAUGUUUUUAGACUUGUGAUAUUUAAUUUCUAUACACACAACUGAAAAGUUGGAGGCCCCAGACUGGAUUCGAACCCACACCCUCCGGAAUCAGAGGCAUAGGUCUUAUCCACUGGGCUAUCACGGCUGUAUUCAAUACUCACUUUUGAAGGCAACCCAGGCUCGUAAUCUUUAAACCUCUCAAUCUUCUUAAUGUCAUCCAAGCUCAUUUUGGUGCCUUCUAGAAGCUGUUCCUCAGCAGUAUUAACCGGUACCACAAUUUCUACAGCCCUGAAUUCAUCUCCACCUUCCCGUCGCUCCACAGGUUCAAGUCGUACUAUUUUGUCCUCCUUUAUUGUGUACAUUGUUGGUUUUCUAGGUCCUAGGUAAAAAGAAUUAGUGUAAAAUAUAGAUCGAGUAGAAUAUAGAACCCAUGGUGAUGUUUGUCUGUGAGAAAAUCAGUGCAAACUUAGCUUCCAUUGCAGUAAAAGUUCCAAGUGACCAAUUUUUCAGUACUUUACAUAUUUUAUAAAAGAGGAACUUCCUAAAGUCUUUAUGAUUUGGCAGCAUUUAUAUAGAAGGUUCCAGACUAUAUAACUAUGACACCUACAUCCCUGAGAAUUAAGAAAAUUCUCUAUGUAGGUUUCCUUACAAUGUGUUUCCUUCCCUGUUUGUGAUAAUACAAUAUUUAAUUUCUUGUUGGUUGAAUGCAAGGAUAUUCUGGAUAGGGGUCUUUACUCACGACAUUAUAUUAGUACUUGAAAUUAUAAGUGAAGCUAUAAGCCUUUCAGUAACUUGAGCUCAAAAAGGAUUGACUACAACUAAAAGACAAAUUAACUUCGUCAAAGCAAGCUCAAAAUCGAAUUCCUCUAGUAAACCCUAUUCAAUCCUAGGUUCUGCAUCUGAUUGGACUUUCUAAAUGAAGGAUACUUAUGAAAAACAUUAUAAAAUCCCAGUGGAUGUCGCUAUUUCAAAAUCUAGAUCAGAUAUUUUCCUUUUUUCCAAACAAAAUAAUUGUAUAGUACUUGUUGAGCUUACUUUGCCGUGGGAGACUAACAUUCCGAAGGACCACAGUAUAAUGAACUAACUAAAAAUGGCUGUGUAGUUAGUCUGUACGCCGUAGAUGUAGGUGCAAGUGAAUUAUCACCUAAAUCUCUCUGUAACUUGCUUAAAGACCUUGGCCUCUCUAGAAGUGCAGCUAGUUCUAUAUUAGAAUGGGUAUCCAAAGCUGCUCUAAUAGGAUCUUACCAAAUUUGCCUAGGCAGGGAGAACAACACGAGUGUAGAAGGGAAAUGAUAAUUGAUUGUCAAGGAAUUCCUUAACCAAGAGUUUUUCACCCUCUUGGUGAAUCCAUGGAAUGCUAAGAUAUUUGUCACACAUAACUGAAAAGUUGGAGGUGCAAGCCCCAGACCAGACAGACACCAGAUUCUCACCGGCCAAAUCAAAGACAGUCUGAACAUCUGUUACUUGGAAGUAUUUUGAUGACAUAACUGGUAUAUGACAUAGUUGGCAAUGCCUUAGUUGACAAGACAAGACUGUACUUUGUACUUACCUAUGAUAUUUUUACCAGGUUGUGACCGAACUUUAUCAGGGAUAUCCCUAACAUCCUUCACAUCCCAUAAGCUGCCAGGUCUGACGUGUGACGGUCCUGCUAUAGGGUCAAUACCUGGAUCCUUUUGCUUGGAGAUAAUUUUCUCCUUCUUCCUUUCUAGACGUCUUAGAAUCUUACGUCUUUUGGUUAUUGGUAAUAAACUGUCAUUUCGCAAAUGGCCGAAUAAAUCCUCCUCAAUUUCUUUCAAUUCAUUCAUAGGAUGCCCUUCAGCAUAGAAUUUUGGUGCAUGUUUUUGCAAUCUGAUGGUUACUUCUUUUUCUGGUGAUGUAGAUGUGCUGGCACGGUCUGCUGUAGACUGUUUUGAGCUGAAAGUAUAUCUUGUCUAUAUUAGUAUUCUAAAGAGGAAAGCUUGUUUAUUUAUAUGUUACAAAUAGGUAGUGUAGUUAUUAUAAAAACAUUCAUUAUAUUCUAUAUUUUUUUUAGCAACUAUACUCAGAGGCACAAUUAUCCACCCACUUUAAUAUACUCGCGUCAUAUUAAAGGGCUGUUAAUUGUACCUCUGAGUAUAUUUAUACACCAGUUUAUUUUUAAACAAUAUUAAAACUACCUUUUUUAAAUUUAAAAAAUUCAUUCACCAUUAUAAAGGUACAUCUUCAACAAAAAACCUGACAGAAAAGAAAGGUGACUGGAAAAGGAUGGCGGUGGAUUACCCGAAGGGAUCCAUUAAUAACAAAACAAAGUGCAUAAUAUAAGGUUUUCAUUAUUUUAAAUGUGUAGAUAUAAGAUACUCAUAUAAGUUAUGCUAUGUAGUCUAUUAUUUAUUUAAUGGAAAUAAAGAGUUUUACUAUUA